UGUCCCCUUUACUAACCAUGCUGAUAUAUCACUCAUCUUCUCGUCAUUAAUGGGGCUGCAAUGAGAGUUUUUAAAAGGUGGUUAGAAAGCGGAGCAGACAAGCUGUUCUAAACUUAGUGUAACCCGAAGCAAGCCAUGAGGUAUCCCCUGGUUCCUCUGGUGAAUGAGCUGACCUUUCCUCUGCUUUUCUUCUGGUUCUGUUUGCCAUUUGUAAUGCUGUUGAUCAUCAUGAUCAUCUGGCUACAGCUUCUACUUAAUGAAGCACAGAUGCCCAGCACAGAAAAGAUAAAGAAAGAGUCUUUUGAUGAGCCUGAUUCUGACUCUAUAUUUGAAGAUGAGCUAACAGAGGAAGACAACCAGAGUGACGCAUCCAGUACAGAGACACAAGAGGAGUCCCAACCCAGUGACUCUGUGGGGAGGCUGAGGCCCAAGCCUGCUUAUCUGAGCUCAAAUCCAAAAAACCCAAAGCAAAGUUUUCUCGCUGUGACCUCAAACAGUUGGUCCCGGAGUCAGAAGAUAAGAUAUUCCCAUGUUGAAAAGAGCAAUUUCUGUAACAUCAUGAUGCUGUUGUACACCAUGUUUUCUUCUCUCACCUGGAACUUUGUCUGCCUGUUGCUCCAGAUCUUUAAUGUCCUGAGGAUUCUACUGGUGCCGUCCUAUCUGAUUAUCUACAUGGCUCAGCUGUUUUCUUUGCUGUGUGAAAAAGCUGUGAAAAUCCUGGAUUCCCUGAGGCUGGAGAGCAGAGGACUGUUGGCUUCAGUCCUGGGGAGGAAAGUGGAGCUGAGUAAAGCUCAGAGAACCACCAGAGGGUGAAAAUAAAGCAGGUGGUCCCAUGGCUUUUAGCAUC